UACCCCGGCGACUCUAUCAACCAUCACCAAUUCUUCAAUCUUCCAAUCGAAACCCUAGAAAGCUUUUCUCAUCAAAUUUCUCAGUGCGAAAAUGUCAGGCCGUGGAAAGGGAGGCAAGGGCUUGGGUAAGGGAGGAGCCAAGCGUCACAGGAAGGUCCUCCGCGACAACAUCCAGGGCAUCACCAAGCCCGCCAUCCGCCGUCUGGCUCGCAGAGGCGGCGUGAAGCGUAUCUCCGGCCUCAUCUACGAGGAGACCAGAGGCGUCCUCAAGAUCUUCCUCGAAAACGUGAUUAGAGAUGCGGUGACCUACACGGAGCACGCCCGGAGAAAGACCGUUACGGCGAUGGACGUGGUUUACGCGCUCAAGAGGCAGGGAAGGACUUUGUACGGAUUUGGUGGUUAGGAGCUUCAUAAACUAGGGUUUAUGCUUCUUUUCUGAAAUCAGUGGAUUAUUUGUGCUUCUGCAUUAGUUCUAUUUACUACUGUGUAAUUCUCAAUUGCGCUGAAAUAUAUCGAUUAAUUGAAGAUAAAAUUAUGCAAUUGUUUUGCA